CGUCGGCCAUACUCGGGCACACUCGACUUCCCGACUCUAUCCGAAGAAAAGAUAUUUCUUAGCAUCUCUGGCAGGUGGCGCAUUUUUUCGUUUAAAAACAGUCUUCCCGCCUAAUCCGUGCGUGGUGCCGUCUAAAGUGUUUACAAUUGCUUUAAUUACCAGUAAAACCAGUUAAUUUAGUGAAAACUUGACAGCUAUCACAUCAAUUUCACUCUACACUCUUCCAGAUGUCUUUAAACUAAAGGGUUUAGAUAAUGCAUAGAAGAGUUAUCAGGCUUUCAAUAAUUAUUGACAGCAGAAUUACUAUGGAUGACAAUGAUGAUAUCAAUGAUGUCACUGUUCCUUACAACUCUCAGUGGCAUGCUUCACUUGAAAAGCUUAUAGAGACUUUGAACGUUACAGAAAAAAGACAAGAAACAGUGAAGAAAAUAGUAACGGAAUUUUUGCCAACAUGUCCUAUAAAUUUACUCGAAGAAAAUAUCCUUCGCAAGACAUGUCCUUACUUGAAACGAAUAAUCUACGAGCUGAUCGACGAGAUUGAAGCCAACUUAGAAGACCCGGAGAUUGCUGAACAUUUAGUGCCCACGUCUUUCGACUCUCAGCUGAUCGAGUGCAAAAAUCUUCUCACCCGAUGGGAAGAUAUUUUGAAGCAUGUGGCAAACCUGGAAGAAGUAAAGCCUCCCGAUGUGCUCAGUCUUCUAGAAUACUUUCCUGGGAUUGUCACCAAAAUUUGUCUUCACUGCAAAGAAAAGCGGUCGAGCUAUCCAAACCACUCGCUUCCGUUGCUUCUGCAGGAUAUUUAUCGCGACACUUGCUCGAAUGUUAAGAUUUUUUGUGGUUUCAUCUAUAAAUCUUUGUACAUUCAGAGUGAGGAUUCAACUCUGCUUAAAAAUCUGAUCAAAGAUUUGGGAGAUAUCGCUUCGACUACUACAUAUUUCGUAACUACUAUGAUUCAAUCUUGGAAAACUUUUGGAAAGCUUGUAUGGGAGUCUUCCGCGAUUAUCAAAGAUGAUGGAGAGAUUCGUGGAUUGGUCACAAGUAACUUUAAAAAUAUUACCAGUAAUAUUAUUUGGAUCUAUGGAAAUAUGACGAAAACAAGUGAUGAUGAUUCUAAAGGAGCAAAAUGUAUGAAUUUAUUACUGGAAAUACUUUAUAAAUUUCAUAGAAACUACGUAAAUGAUGAUAUACUUAAUUCAAGCUUAAAUCAUCAAUGGGUUCGCGAGAUGGUAUCUUUUCUUUUUCGACUCUCUGGUUUCUACGCUACGAAAAUGUUUGUAAAAAAUUUGCCAGGAAAACCACAGAGUAAAUCCAUAUUCUCUCUCAAUUGGAUAAAUGCGUUUAAUUAUUAUUAUAAAAAUUGUGAAAUCUUGCAUGAGGAAUUUAAAAAUAGAGAAGAAGAAAUGGCGAGCGCGGAUUUUGAAUACCUGGUAGGAUAUCAUGUAACUUUACUCAGAAGUAAUCUUGAUGCCGAUGAAAAAAUUAAAAUAGCCAUAAAUAAUUUAAUUUACUUUAAAAACGAAUGUAUGACAACCAGAGUAAAAAUACCUGAUGGCUGUAAUAUCAAUAAUGUGGAAUCAGAAUUAAUCAGUAUUUAUCAUUUUACAUUGAAAAAACUUUGUUUUUGUAUUGUUGAAGCGAAAUUCAAGGAUCUAGAAUUGUUUAUUUUUAAGAAUUUAUUUAGUGAAAAAUUUUGGCCUUCGCUACUUUGCUUCGAUAUUUUGAAAUAUUUGUACAGGUAUUCUGAAGGAGAAUUUGCUUUGUCUCACAUAAAAAUUCUCUCGGAAGUCUACGAAAAGUUCCACUUACGAGAGUCGACUAGCCUCGGAGUAACAUUGAUUAGCAAGCUGAUAAUUUACGGCUACACAUUUAUGGAUGGUGAUAACCAGAAUACGUUUCAUGAAAUAUGUCAGAGCCCAGCCACUCUUUUACUAAUUUUAAAGUCGCCUAAAAUAGUCCACUCACGAGAAAAACUUCUGACAGUCUAUAAAAAAUUGAUGCCAGUCAAGUCAUUUGAUUUGUCGCAGGCUCACCAGGAAUUACGACUUCAACCUUCCGUCAAAAAUUGGAUCAACUUUGUGAAUGUAUUAACUUUAAAAAGUAUCGACAAAAUAGAUGACAACCCAGAUAUCACGAGCGACCUUCAGAAAAUACUCCAAUCAAUUCUCGAUACACUCAAUCAAGUCCCCGAUGAUUUUCAACAGCGGAUUAUGUACGAUUUGAUAUCAAUAAUACUUAAUUGUACGAUUUUUAAAAGAUCGACCGACAUGAGUGCUUUCAACUGGAAUGUUUUGCAGGUUCUCGCUAAGGAGAUAGUUCAUACGAUAAAAUUACCCGAGAUCUAUUUGGUCGAUGUUUGUCAUUUCUUAAAAAGAAAUUCAAAGUUACUGAAGAUACCUCCGGGACAAGUAGAUACGAGGGUUGUAAUGAUUAACUUGAUGUGUUAUUUAUUGAGCAGCAGUUCGGCUAUAGUUCAUCAAGAAGCGCUGGAAACCUUCGAGUACAUCGUCGAGAAGGGAGCCGACGAAGACUUUAUUUUGAAAUUAGGCGCAACUAUCACCAAAAAGUACAAUUUACUGGAAGUUGUUCCGAAUUAUUUGAAAAAACGCAGUGUCAAAAAGUUAUCUCGUGAAUUUACCGAUAUUAAUGAUUAUUUAAAAACAUUCACAGAAAAUAUGGAUAAAUCAUCGAGCGCUCACAAAUGUUUUAUUGAAGAAACACGGGAAAGAGAAAAAAAAAUAGCGAAAAUAAUUCCUGAUUCUGUUGAUCAGCAGGCGAGUAAAAUUGUUGAUGAUUUAGUAGAUGUUAUUGAAAAUAAAUAUAAUUUAAGCGUAAAUAUCCUCGAAAAAUUGACUGAAGCUUGUCUUAAAUUUAUAGAUAAAUGAUAAAUGUACUGUUAGUAGUUAAAUAGUUUUGUUUUAAAUUUAUCAACAAGUAGAGAUGUUCAGUUAUUUAUUUUGUCUCACUGUAACUUCUUCA